AUCAAUUAACAGAUACAUUGAGGCUAAAGUCUAACACAAAGACUUGGGUACUAGAUUAGUUCAUGAUCUACCGCUCUUUAAUCAUAUGUUUUUCAUUUUGUAUUUCAAACUUAAUGAAUGCCUGACAACGUGUACACUAAGAGGUUUAUACUGCACAUGUAGUUUGUAAAUUUUUGUUUUUUAAAGAUUCAAACUUGGUGGAGAAUGCCUCAAGACAAGCUCACCAACAGUACAAGUCCACCCGAGGAAGCCCAUAUUGACCAAGAGAAAGUUGUGCUGAAGAAAGAGCUAGGUUUUGUUGGUGCUACCUCCAUUGUUGUGGGGACUAUUGUUGGUUCAGGAAUAUUUGUCUCGCCAAAAGGUGUCCUAGAAAAUACAGGGUCUGUUGGAUUAUGUCUCGUUGUGUGGGCAGUGGCUGGAGUCGUCUCCCUUGGAAGUGCUUUGUGUUACGCUGAGCUGGGUGCCAUGAUCCCGUUGUCUGGUGGAAUCUACACUUAUCUCAGACUUGGACUCGGAAACAUUGCAGGCUUCAUCUGUGUCAUUGAGAGAUUUUUUGUGGCAGAUUGUCUUGGCAUUUUGAUCAUGCUGCUGACCUUCUCCAAGUACACAGUCUCUAUACUACCCACAUGUGGCUCACCACAACUACUGGAGAAGAUGAUCGCUGCUACAACUUUAGUGGGACUGACGCUGAUCAACAGUUACAGCUCAAAACUCGCCACCAGAGUCUCAAUCCUGACUACUUUUGGUAAAGUGGCUGCUCUCAUUGUCAUCUGUGUUGGGGGCGUGGUCUUCAUUAGUAAAGGCGUUACCACAGAGCUUCCCAGUGGCUUCAGUGGAACAAAGAGUGACCCAGCAUCAAUAGCUUUGGCUUUCUACAGUGCCUUGUUUGCAUACGAUGGAGCAUCUCACCUGAACAGUCUAAUAGAGGAGGUCAAGUCUCCUGUCAAAACUGUUCCUAGGGCCAUAUUGUUUGGGACAUUCUUGAUCAUUGUCAUCUACAUCAUGACCAAUGUGUCCUACUUGGCUGUCAUGACAAGAUCUGAGCUACUUGGCUCUAAUGCUGUGGCAUCUUUGUUUGCUGACAAAGUGUUAAGCAGUGCCUCCAUCUUGAUUCCACUGGCUGUUAUGAUAUCAACACUAGGAUCGUCUAACAACAGUAUCUUGAGUAACAACAGAAUUAUCUUCAGUGCUGCCAGGGACGGUAAUUUACCCGACUUCCUUAGCUAUGUACAAGUGUCCCAGCUCACUCCCUUCAGUGCCUUGUCUGCCACAGCCAUCUUGUCCUUGUUGUACCUGGUGCCCGCUGACCUGGGUCAGUUCAUCAACUUCGGAGGUUUUCUUCAAUCCCUGUUUGAAGCUGGAGUUUUCUUGUCCUUGAUACUGCUUCGUUUAAGAACGAAGAAAUAUGCGGACCGGAAACUAAAGGUAUAA